AUGUCGUUGGCUUCAACGCACCGCAGGCAAGUGUUCUUCCUCUUCUCUUUCUCCGGUGCCCGACAUCGGCCUCACCACCUCACCAAGCUCCUCCGCUCCUGCACCGCCGUUUCAGAUCUCCAUCGAAUUCAUGGCGCCAUGAUCAAAACCGGCAUCGACCUCCUCCCCUUCCCCUCCGCCAAACUCCUCGCUUCUGCCACCCUUCUCGAUCCCGACCACGCCUUCUCUCUCUUCCGCCUCCUCCCUUCGCCGACCCUCUUCUCCUUCAACUCCAUUCUCCGAGCUCACUCUCUCGCUCCCGACCCAAACGUACAAGAAACCUUUUCUAUCUUCAACUCAAUCAGAGCCCGAGCCCUCUCGCUCGACCAGUUCUCCUUCAUUGCCGCCCUCAAGGUCUGUGGUCGCAAACUGGCCAUCACUGCCGGUGAACAACUGCAUUGUUUGGUAGCCAAGGCCGGUUUUGAUUACUUCCUCAAUCUAUGGAAUACGCUUUUACAUUUGUACUCUGCAUGUAGCAGGCUCGCGGCUGCACACCAACUGUUUGAUGAAUUGCCUCAUAUAAAAGAUGCUGUUUCUUUCAAUGCCCUGAUUGGAGGCUAUCUCCGGACCUCACAGCCGGAGAAAGUUCUCACCUUUCUAGGAAAUAUGUUUUAUUUUAGCAUGGAAGUCAGUCCAGCCACCAUUGUCAGCGCUUUCUCAGCAGUUACAGACAGUAAUUACAAUGGCGAGCCCCUCCAUGGCCACUGCAUCAAAACUGGGCUUACCUCCGAGCCUAAGGUGGCGACUGCGGUAGCAACGAUGUAUGCGAAGAACGGAAUGAUGGAACCCGCAUGA